AGCAAGAUGACAGAGAAAAUACGGAGGACUCGAGGAACACUAAACCUUUGCGUGAUAUAGGCAAAUCAGAUACCCUACAAGCAGAAACAAAUAGUUUAGAUAUAAAUAGUUCUCCUUCCUACUGGGCAGUCAAAAGGAAAAUGUUAAGUUGUGAUAACAAGCGGCUCAGAAGAAUAUGUCGGAAAAUGGUGAAAUCUAAAGCCUUCUACUGGAUUGUUAUUGUACUCGUUUUUUUAAAUACUUUAGCCUUAGCAUCCGAGCAUAACAGUCAACCUCCUUGGCUAGAUUAUUUUCAAGAAAUAGCAAAUUUAUUCUUUGUUGUGCUGUUUACGUUGGAAAUGUUGCUAAAGUUAUUCAGCCUCGGAAUCCAAGGUUACUUCGUUUCUCUCUUUAAUCGCUUUGAUUGUUUUGUGGUAGUAAGUUCGAUUCUGGAAACGGUGCUCACAUACUCUGAUGUUAUGCCUCCGCUGGGUGUCUCUGUGUUGAGAUGUGUCCGCUUGUUGAGGAUAUUCAAAGUCACGAAGUACUGGGCUUCGUUAAGAAACCUUGUUGCUUCUCUCAUCAAUUCCAUGCGAUCCAUCGCCAGCUUGCUGCUGUUACUUUUCCUAUUCAUCGUCAUCUUCGCCUUACUUGGCAUGCAGGUGUUUGGAGGAAAAUUCAACAAUAACCCACACGAGGACAAGCCCAGGAGUAAUUUUGAUUCCUUCUGGCAAAGCCUUCUAACUGUCUUUCAAAUACUAACUGGUGAGGAUUGGAAUGAAGUUAUGUACCAUGGUAUCAAUGCUUACGGUGGUGUUGGGUCACCAGGAGUUUUAGCUUGCAUAUAUUUCAUUAUUUUAUUUAUUUGUGGAAACUAUAUUCUAUUGAAUGUAUUUUUAGCUAUUGCUGUUGAUAAUUUAGCUGAUGCAGAAAGCCUUACUGCUAUUGAAAAGGAGGAAGAUGAUAUGGAAAAAGAAUUAGGUAGCAUCAUUUAUUCCAAAGAUCUUGAAAAUUAUGAUGGCUUAGAUAAUGAAAGCAGACCUUCUGGGAGAAAGAAGAAGAAAAAGCGCCACAGUCUAUCUUCAUCUGCAUGUUCUAUUGAAAAGCCAUCUAAACCAGAUACACCCCAAAUGAAUCAUAAUAUGUUUGUGCACUCGCAGCGGGAAAAGCCAGAUAAUUCAAUUAAUGUACAAGAUUCGGUGGGUGAGAAAAAGGAAGCAGAGACAGAUAAUGAAGCUACAGCAGUUCCACUCAAUGAGGAAGAAGAGGAAGCCGAUGAAGAUGAUGAUGAAGAUGAUGAUGAUGCAUCUGUAUCCACUGCUCGCCCUAGGCGUCUUUCAAAUUUGCACAUGGAUACAAAAAUUAAGCCAAUUCCUGCUUAUACAUCAUUUUUUAUUUUUUCGCACAACAACAGGUUUCGCAGGCUAUGUCACUUCAUUGUCAAUCAUAAUUAUUUUGCAAACAUAAUUUUAGGCUUCAUUUUAAUCAGUAGUGCAAUGCUUGCUGCCGAGGAUCCUUUAAAUGUUAAUUCGGACAGAAAUAAGAUUUUAAACUACUUUGACUACUUUUUUACGACUGUUUUCACUGUAGAGAUAACUUUAAAGGCUAUUGCCUAUGGUCUGAUUUUGCAUAAAGGAUCUUUCUGUAGAAGUUACUUUAACCUGCUUGAUGUGCUUGUUGUGUCUGUUUCAUUGAUUUCAUUUGCCUUUGGGAACGAAACAUUUUCAGUUGUAAAAAUUCUGCGUGUUCUCAGAGUGCUUCGACCUCUCCGAGCCAUUAACCGUGCCAAAGGAUUAAAGCAAGUAAUCCAGUGCAUCUUUGUAGCAGUAAAAACUAUAGGGAACAUCUUGUUGGUGACCUUUCUGCUAAACUUCAUGUUUGCUGUGAUUGGAGUACAGCUAUUAAAGGGAAAGUUCUAUCGGUGUAAUGAUGAAUCUAAAAUGACUGAAGAUGAGUGCCAGGGCCAAUAUGUUGUAUAUCAUGGUGGUGAUACUAUAAAAAUAACUAUAGAAGAUAGAGUUUGGGACAAUAAUGAAUUUAAUUUUGAUGAUGUUGCCAAAGCAAUGCUCAGUCUUUGCACAGUUUCAACUUUUGAAGGGUGGCCUCGUUUACUGUAUGUGGCAAUAGACUCUCAUGCAGAGAAUGUCGGCCCUAUUUAUAACUACAAUCCACUGGUAGCUGUCUACUUUAUUGUUUAUAUCAUAAUCAUAGCAUUUUUCAUGGUGAACAUUUUUGUUGGUUUUGUCAUUGUCACUUUCCAGAAUGAGGGGGAACAAGAGUUUAAAAAUUGUGAACUAGACAAAAACCAGAGAAAUUGUAUAGAAUUUGCACUUAAAGCUAAGCCUGUUCGACGUUAUAUUCCCAAACAUCGAAUACAGUACAAAGUAUGGUGGUUUGUGACUUCACAGUACUUUGAAUAUGCUAUUUUUAUCCUUAUAAUGAUCAACACUUUAGUAUUAGCUAUGAAGUAUUAUGGCCAGCCCAAAGAAUAUACAUUUGCCUUAGAUAUUAUGAAUAUGAUCUUUACUGCUGUUUUUGCCUUUGAAUUCCUUCUUAAACUUAUAGCUUUUAAAUUUAAGAACUAUUUUGGUGAUGCCUGGAAUGUUUUUGACUUUAUCAUUGUUCUAGGGAGUUUCAUAGAUAUUGUUUAUUCUGAGGUUAAUCCAGGAACAAAUAUCAUUAGCAUUAAUUUUUUUCGUCUUUUUCGAGUGAUGAGGUUGAUUAAACUUUUGAGUAGAGGAGAAGGCAUCCGAACUUUGCUUUGGACAUUCAUUAAAUCUUUUCAGGCCUUGCCUUACGUAGCUUUGUUGAUAGUGAUGCUUUUCUUUAUAUAUGCUGUUAUAGGAAUGCAGAUGUUUGGCCGUAUUGCUCUUGAUCCUGAAACUGCUAUUCACAGGAACAAUCAUUUCCAAACUUUUCCACAAGCAGUUUUAGUUUUGUUUAGGUCUGCUACUGGCGAAGGAUGGCAAGAAAUCAUGAUGGCCUGUACUAAUAAGCCCACCACAAAGUGUGAUCCAAGAUCAGAUGAAUCAUUUGGUGAAGUCUGUGGUUCUGAAGUAGCUUUACCAUAUUUCAUAUCUUUUUAUAUUUUGUGUUCAUUUUUGGUCAUUAAUCUUUUUGUUGCUGUGAUCAUGGACAAUUUUGAUUACUUAACUAGAGAUUGGUCAAUACUGGGUCCUCAUCACUUAGAUGAAUUCAUUCGACUUUGGUCUGAAUAUGAUCCUGAUGCAAAGGGAAGAAUAAAGCAUUUGGAUGUUGUAACAUUGCUCAGAAAAAUUUCUCCCCCCUUAGGAUUUGGGAAGUUAUGUCCUCAUAGAGUAGCUUGCAAAAAAUUAGUUUCCAUGAAUAUGCCUCUAAAUAGUGAUGGGACUGUUAUGUUUAAUGCAACUUUAUUUGCUCUUGUUAGGACAUCUUUGCAUAUCAAAACAGAAGGAAAUAUUGAUGAGGCAAAUGAAGAAUUACGGGCAGUGAUUAAGAAAAUAUGGAAACGCACAAGUGAUGAACUCCUUGAUCAAGUGGUACCUCCAGCUGGAGGUAAUAAAUAAUCAUUUAUUAUAAAUGCUUGAACAGGUGAAACAGUUCUUGCAUUUUGUGAAAACUGGUAACUUGUUUUGAAGCAUGACAACUUGAUUUUAAAUGUUUGUUUUCCUCCACCUCUGUGGCCUCUGUAUUUGACUGCAUGUUCAGAUAUGUGCCUGAACAUUCUUCUAUUGGUGUAAAGCUUCAUUUUAUUGUAAAAUAACUUAUUUUCACUUAAAUUUUCAAAACUAGUC